AUGAAUUGUCCUUCGCGCACCGAUGACACCCUCGAGCACCCGGGAUGGAACCAGAAUCCGCCGGCGCUGAAUGCCGACAUUACCACUCGAAGCGACUUCAACGGCAUUGCGAACUCGAAGGUGCAUCGGAGACAUGCAGGCGGUAUGGGAGGGGCUGCAGCUGAAGGUAUUGCGGCGAUGGAUCAUAGACCAAAUAGUCUAGAUGGAAACGAGCCCGAGAUGGAGAAGAAGACACCCGGCGAAGUGAUUGCUGCCGCUCCUGGGGACCAAUCACCCAGGACGAGCAGCGAAUCACCUCGCCGUCCUUUCAAAAAAUCAACUAUAUCUUUCUUUCUCCGUCUAGCUCAAAGUAUCAAGAAGUUUGGUCGCUUCGUGGGCCCUGGAUUCCUGAUCGCGGUAGCCUACAUUGAUCCGGGAAACUACUCCACCGAUGUCGCCGCAGGCGCGGAGUUUCGCUAUGCUUUGCUCUUCAUCGUCCUAGUGUCCAACCUUUUUGCUAUUUUUCUACAGUCGCUGUGUAUCAAACUCGGCACAGUGACAGGGCUCAAUCUGGCGGAAAACUGCAGGGAGCAUCUGCCCAAGUGGUUGAACUACAUCCUGUAUGUUUUUGCGGAGGCCGCCAUCGUGGCAACCGAUAUCGCAGAGGUUGUCGGGUCUGCGAUUUCGCUCAACCUUCUCCUGAAAAUCCCUCUGGUGGCUGGAUGCGCAAUCACAUUAGCCGAUGUUCUUUUCAUCCUGAUAUUCUACCGACCGAAUGGCGCCAUGUGGGGACUGCGUCUAUUCGAGUUCUUCGUCAUGCUGUUGGUUCUGGGAGUUGUCAUAUGCUUUUGCAUCCAGCUUGCCCUUAUCAAAGAACAGUCGGUCGGAGCUGUUUUCCGGGGCUACUUGCCUUCGUCUGCCAUAGUGCAGUCCAAUGGUCUGUAUCAAAGCUGUGGUAUCCUCGGUGCUACAGUGAUGCCUCACUCCAUGUUUCUUGGCAGCGGAGUUGUCCAAUCGCGACUGAAGGAAUUCGAUGUUACCCAAGGCUACGUCGAUCCCUCCGUCUGCCUUGGAAGCACCAACGGAGAAGUGGAAUACAGGCCGUCAAUCCAGGCGAUUAGGGGCUGUCUGAAGUAUUCCGUCAUUGAGCUUACGUUGUCCCUUUUUACAUUUGCCCUCUUCGUCAACAGCGCCAUUCUCAUAGUUGCUGGUGCUUCCCUGUACGGAACGUCGGGAGCUGAUGAAGCAGACCUCUGGGGCAUCUACAAUCUUCUCUCCAGCUCCAUUGCUCCGGCUGCAGGUCUUAUCUUUGCACUGGCCCUACUUCUCUCAGGUAUCUCGGCCGGCAUUGUCUGUACCAUGGCUGGGCAAAUGGUUAGCGAGGGAAUGCUGAACUGGAGCAUCAGACCUUGGCUUCGCCGACUGGUCACGCGGUCCAUCAGUAUCAUCCCUAGCAUAAUCAUUGCAGCUGCUGUCGGCAAGGAGGGAUUGAACAAAACUCUCAACGCCAGUCAAGUGGUAUUGAGUGUCAUCCUUCCGUUUGUCACCGCUCCUCUAGUUUACUUUACGUGCCGCAACCGUUACAUGACUGUUCCUACGGACAGAAACUUCACUGGCGAGGAUUCCUCGGCUGACGGAGUCAAGAUGAGAAACAACUGGCUUGUUACUGCCAUCGCUGUCAUUGUUUGGGUAAUCAUUGCGGUCAUGAACGUUGCUUUGCUCAUCCUUAUUGGGCUCGGCAAAGCCUGA